UUCUCUCAUCGUAACAAUGACUUUCUCCAUAUCUUUUCCAAUGGUGUUGGUGGCAACAUUUGCCAUCAUAACUGCGCCCUCACAAUUAUGCUCGGCCCAUCCUGUAGUGCAAGAUGUGACGUCACAAGACCAGGCAAGGAGCUCAAGUAUAUCAGGUCUUUCGUGUACGAGUUCUCCACUGGGGAUGGCCAGUGGGGCCAUCCCUGAUUCCAGCCUGACGGCGUCAGACUCAUUCGGCCCGGGUAAUCGCCCAAGCCAGGCCCGACUGAAUGGUACUGGUUGGUGGGCAUGCCCGCGUGGAAAGCCCGAGGGUCAAUGGAUCCAGGUAGACCUCGGUCAGUACACGGCCAUCACGGGGCUCAUCGUGCAGGGAGGCAAAACGCAUCAUAUCCGAACCUUUGCUGUAAACUACAGUAACACGGGCGAGUCCAAUGAUUGGCAGAAACUAACUGACAGAGGACAGACCGUACAGUUGAAUGGGCAUAAUGGUAGUGGACAUUCUGUGCCUGUGACGUUCCCCGUGGUACUGAUGGCAAGAUUCCUCCGCAUACUUCCACUGACAUGGAGUAGCUCUGCUUACUAUAUUCUAAGGUUCGAAGUGCUCGGAUGUCAAGACUUAAGCGGCAUAAUCCGAUUAGUGGGUAGUGAUGACAAAUGGAGCGGCCAAGUGGAAAUCUACCGCCAUGAUGCUUGGGGUGCAGUGUGCGAUAGCACUUGGGAUAUGAAGGACGCCACCACCGUUUGCUAUCAGCUCGGCUCCAUCGGGGCUCUGGAGGCUAAAACGGGGUUGUCCAGCCAAGAGAGUGACCGGCCAAUCGUGAUGAAUCGAGUCGCCUGUACUGGAACUGAACGACGGCUGGCUGACUGUCCGUUUGUCUGUACCGGCUCUCAGCAAUGCAACAGCUCAACUGUAGCAGGAGUCGUUUGUAAACCAAGAUCUGAUGUGGUUCGGUUGGUCGGCGGAUCUCGCACCAGCGGCCGAGUGGAGAUAUACCGUGGCGGCAGCUGGGGCACCAUCUGUGAUACAAAUUGGAACGUCACCGAUGCGGGGAUUGUCUGCCGACAGCUCGGUUUCUCAGACGCACUGGAGGCCAAGUCCGCUGCCCACUUCGGGCAGGGUAGCGGACCCGUCCAUAUGGACGGCGUAGCGUGCGAAGGAUCCGAAGAGAAAAUUACCGACUGCCCUUCCUUCUGCUGGGAGGACACAAAGUGUAGCCACUCUCACGAUGCUGGAGUGAUCUGUAGUGAUGUACUGCAGGAAACACCGGAACAACCAACAAGUGACGAAAACUAAACCGCUCAAGCAACCGGGAAGGAUACACAUCAUCAUACACACUCAUCUCCUUGUAAAGGGACAAUAUUUGUUUCAUGGUAUUUUGGACCAUCAAAGUGUCCCUCGUAAUUGCUGGUCGAAUUCUUCUGUAGUCUCGUGACUGGUCUCGGCCUAUAACCCGUGCAUGCUGUAAAGCCAUUAUAAUUAUGGACAGCGGUACCUUGCUUCUCAUGCCAUUGUAGUAUAUUACUGACUGUGUAAUCUACGGCACCAAUCUAUUUUAACAGUGCAUUUCGGUUUGAUGUAGUUUUGAAUGAGAGUUAUUCUUGUCAAUGUAUGUUUUUGUGCAGCAUUAUGUAGAGGGCAACAAUCAUGGGGGCUUUAUUUGUAUAAUAUACACAUUGAUAAUAAGAAAACACCACAAGACCACCCCAAAAAACCAAAAUAUGCGAACAGGAGUUGAAUCGAUAAUCAAUUAUAUUAUUGGACUCGCAUCAAUUUAGAUAUUUUUCAACGUCAGCUACUCAGUAGAAUGAGUCCAUUGAUAUAAAUAUAUUCAAAUGAAAUUGAGAAACAAAAAGUUAAAGUGCAGUGGAUACAUACUGAGGGUGAAAAUGUCAGACUCUCUUAUACUUCUGAUACACCGAUAAACUUUAAUUGUUAUUUUAGGAAAAGCUAAGGAUGUUGCGUAUAUACGGCGUAGAAUAGGCCUACUUUAAGGUGAACAAACUUUGCCAAAUACGUUGAAUGAAAAAGAAAUAAUUUUGUAUGACUUUUGUCACGCAUAAUUUUCGGCGUAAUAGUAUUUAAAAAUAAACCUGCAUUUUUAGCUGGGGAUAACACUUAAUAAACGUAUAACUAUACACACAGGAAAGCACUUGUUAAAGACUUAUAUCAUUAUCAUGCUGCCAAACUGAAUAAUUUUGUAUUAGAGCUAUGUAUAAUGCUUGCCAUAAUAUUUUGUUAGAACAAACUUGUAUUUUUAACUAGGGAUAAUACUUAUUAGAUUUCUUAUAGCUUUAUAUCAGCACACAAGAAAGCACUUAUUGUAGCAAUUUGUAGACCUAUAUGAUUAACACGCUGCCAAUAUACAAAUAAAAAUAAAAACAAAAUUAUCUGAAAACUCAAAA